GCGGCGGCGGGGAGCGGGCUGCGGGAGCCGGGCUCCGGGCUGCGGGCGCCCGGCGGGAAGAUGACGGCGAGCUCUGGGCUGCUCCUCGCGCUGCUCUCGCUCUGCGGCGCGCUCCGGGCCCAUAAUGAGGAUCUUACAGCCAGAGAGACCUGCAAGGCUGGCUUCUCGGAGGAGGACUACACAGCGUUAAUCUCCCCCAAUAUUCUGCAGGGAGAGAAGCUCCUCAAAGUGAAGUUCAGCAGCUGCUUGGGGAACAAGGGGACGCAGUAUGAGACCAACAGUGUGGACUUCAAAGUCGGGGCAGACGGGACCGUCUUCGCCACUCGGGAGCUGCAGAUCCCCUCUGAGCAGGUGGCCUUCACGGUGACAGCCAGGGACCACCAGACGGCCAAGCAAUGGGACGCCAUGGUGCGGCUGCUGGUGGCCCAGACCUGGACCUCGAACUCAGGACGCAAGAAAGGAAAAAACGUGGACCUGGACCCCGCUCAGCCCCCCCAAGACAUACUGCUACCGUGGCCCCAACGGCAGAGCUCCAGCGGCCUGAGGCGGCAGAAACGGGACUGGGUCAUCCCCCCCAUCAACGUGCCGGAGAACUCCCGCGGCCCCUUCCCGCAGCAGCUCGUGAGGAUCCGUUCCGACAAAGACAAUGACAUCCCCAUCCGGUACAGCAUCACAGGCGUGGGCGCGGACCAGCCGCCCAUGGAGGUCUUCAGCAUCGACUCCAUGUCUGGGCGCAUGUACGUCACACGGCCCAUGGACCGGGAAGAGCGAGCCUCUUACCAUCUUCGAGCCCACGCUGUGGACAUGAACGGCAACAAGGUGGAGAACCCCAUUGACCUGUACAUCUACGUCAUCGACAUGAACGACAACCGCCCUGAGUUCAUCAACCAGGUCUACAAUGGCUCUGUGGACGAGGGCUCCAAGCCAGGAACCUACGUGAUGACAGUCACAGCCAACGACGCCGAUGACAGCACCACAGCCAACGGAAUGGUGCGGUACCGGAUUGUAACCCAGACACCACAGAGUCCGUCUCAGAACAUGUUCACCAUCAACAGCGAAACAGGGGACCUGGUGACAGUGGCAGCUGGCCUGGACCGUGAGAAAGUCCAGCAGUACACAGUCAUCGUCCAGGCCACCGACAUGGAGGGGAAUCUCAACUAUGGCCUCUCGAACACAGCCACAGCGAUCAUCUCGGUGACAGACGUGAACGACAACCCGCCAGAGUUCACCUCGAGCACAUUUGCAGGAGAGGUCCCCGAGAACCGCGUGGAGACGGUGGUCGCAAACCUGACGGUGAUGGACCGCGACCAGCCCCACUCGCCCAACUGGAACGCCGUCUACCGCAUCAUCAGCGGAGACCCCUCGGGCCACUUCAGCGUCCGCACCGACCCCAUCACCAACGAGGGCAUGGUCACCAUGGCGAAGGCGGUGGACUAUGAGCUGAACAGGGCCUUCAUGUUGACCGUGAUGGUGUCCAACCAGGCACCCCUGGCCAGCGGGAUCCAGAUGUCCUUCCAGUCCACGGCGGGUGUGACCAUCUCUGUCACGGACAUCAACGAGGCACCCUACUUUCCGUCCAACCGCAAGCUGAUCCGCCUGGAGGAGGGUGUGCCAGCUGGCACCGCGCUCACCACCUUCUCUGCCGUGGACCCUGACCGCUUCAUGCAGCAGGCUGUGAGGUACUCAAAGCUGUCCGACCCAGCCAACUGGCUGCACAUCAAUGCCUCCAACGGUCAGAUCACCACGGCGGCUGUCCUGGACCGAGAGUCCCUCUACAUCAGAAACAACGUCUACGAGGCAACCUUCCUGGCAGCUGACAACGGGAUCCCCCCGGCCAGUGGCACCGGUACUCUGCAGAUCUAUCUUAUCGACAUCAACGACAAUGCCCCGGAGCUGCUGCCCAAGGAGGCGCAGGUCUGCGAGAAGCCAGGCCUGAACGCCAUCAACAUCACUGCGGCCGACGCCGACAUCGACCCCAACAUCGGCCCCUACGUCUUCGAGCUGCCCUUCAUCCCAGCCACUGUGCGAAAAAACUGGACCAUUACCCGCCUGAAUGGUGACUAUGCCCAGCUGAGCUUGCGCAUCCUGUACCUGGAGGCCGGGGUGUACGAGGUCCCCAUCACCGUCACAGACUCUGGGAACCCUCCCCUGUCCAACACAUCCGUCAUCAAGGUCAAGGUGUGCCCGUGCGAUGAAAACGGUGACUGCACCACCAUCGGCGCGGUGGCCGCGGCCGGCCUGGGCACAGGCGCCAUAGUGGCCAUCCUCAUCUGCAUCGUCAUCCUGCUGACCAUGGUCCUGCUGUUCGUCAUGUGGAUGAGGCGGCGGGGGAAGGAGCGGCUCACCAAGCAGCUGCUCAUCGACCCCGAGGACGACGUGCGGGACAACAUCCUCACCUACGACGAGGAAGGCGGCGGCGAGGAGGACCAGGACUAUGACCUCAGCCAGCUGCAGCAGCCGGAAGCCAUGGAGCACGUGCUGAGCAAGGCCCCCGGGGUGCGGCGGGUGGAUGAGCGGCCGGUGGGCGCGGAGCCCCAGUACCCCGUGAGGCCCGUGGUGCCCCACCCAGGUGACAUCGGCGACUUUAUCAAUGAGGGGCUGCGAGCUGCUGACAACGAUCCCACGGCGCCCCCCUAUGACUCCUUGCUGGUCUUUGACUACGAAGGGAGUGGCUCCACUGCGGGCUCGGUGAGCUCCCUGAACUCGUCCAGCUCCGGGGACCAAGACUACGAUUACCUCAACGACUGGGGGCCCCGGUUCAAGAAGCUGGCAGACAUGUACGGGGGCAGCGAGGAGGACUAGCCAGCCUCUGUCCUUGGACCCGAAUGAGAACAGCGCUCGGACAGCAGGAGCAGGACUGCAGGGACAGCCGGCCUUCCGGAGCCUCUCUGCGGACCCGCAGACGGACACACGGACCGGACGGACGGCGCCAUUCCCGUGUCAGGAGGCCCCUCCCGCCCUCCCCCGAGGAGCUGUCUAGCACAGACACUUGCCUGCUGCCACCGCAGCAGCUGCGUACCAUGAAGGGAGAGCCAGAGGCACUGUCCCAACUUGAAUUUCCUAGGACAAACACACUGUUAAAAAGCAAAAGUGCCUUUUGGUACACGUGUCAGAUCCCCAAACUCAGGAGUGACUGAAGCAGCAGACAGCCCAAGCCCCUCUGCCCCAGACCUCGGGCCGGGCCAUUCAAACAGCAUGGAGCAAGGGUUGAGUGGGGGAGGAGUCCUUCCGGGUUUUUGUUUUGUACUGAGAGCAAAAUGAAGUGAGAGUUUGAGGUUCAAAUGCCAACAGCCUUUGCAGUGUCCUGGGCCCCUUUGGGGCUCCCCAAGGCCGGCAGGCCAGGACCAGCCAAGCCUUUGACCAAAGCCGAGGCUGUGUGGAUCUGACUCCACCUGAAUUUGUGGCUGUCCCCCACUCCCAGAUGCUGUAAAUAGUUUGCUCGGGCCCAGGGUCCCCUCUGCCCUUGGCCACGCCAGUGUCCCCAGUCCGCCAGACCAGCCGUCAUUCCAGUGCCACAGAGCUUCCCCCGACCUUUGGUCCAGGAGAGUGUUGUUCAGAAGCCAGUGUCAUGCAAAGCCCUGGCACAAGGCCUCCACCCCCAGGGAUGGGACCGGAGGGGACGCCAUGGAAGGCAGUGAGCACACGCAGCCCUGACUGCUCACAACCCCACACUCCCAGGGCCGUGCGGGCAGCAGACAGCAGAGCCCGCCAUGGCUGGACACGGCCCUCCCAGGGACGCAGCAGCCUCGGUAGCAGCAUCGCCCUCAGCGGACUCGGGCAGCCCUCUUCUGUCUCCCAGCCCAUCUGCCCUGAGCUCGGACACUUGUGAACUGCUGUGCACCUCGAGGACCUGCUCGAGUAGCCACCUGGUCAUGGAGGCCUCUGGCCUGCACAGGCCACGAACUGUGAACCUGCUUUCCUUUGGACCCACGCCUGUAGAGCCGUGGACCGCUCAGCUCAGGCCUGACUGGGUGGAGCGAUUGGUUCUGCAGGACACAGACCCUAGGCGAAAAAUGGGCCUGGGGCGUGUGUCCAGCGAGGCGUCCUGUGCUUGGACAACUUUCUGUCUCACCCAGGCAGGGAGGUCGUGCGCCCUGGGCACCUCUUGGGGCUCCUCCCCAAGCCCCAGCCCACACUGCUUCUGGGGUGCCAGGGGCAGCAUGCUCCCCAUCAGGGUCUUGGACUGUUCCUACCCUGUUGCUAAGCUUGUCCCCUUCUCCACACAGCUUUGGCCUAAAGGCACCCCAGAGUGGACUCGUGGGUGUCCCGCUGGACAUCAGGGUUCCCCUAACCAAACUCAUCCUGCUUCCAUCCUUCCCAGGGCUGAGGUGGGGUACAAGCUGGGCUCUGGCCGCCUGGGGAGGGCUUGGGCACCGCUCCCCGAAGCCAGCCAGGCCUGGAGAUGGCUCCCAGGAGGCCGGGAGGGUCCCCAGUCCUCAGCUGUGCUAUGCAAAUCGCUUGAGCCUGGCAGCCAAUGAGAUGGUCCUGAGUGUCUGGGGGUGUGGUCACCGUAGGGCUGCUGGGCCAGGGCUGGGGGAUGGGAGCUGGGAUUUUGUUUUGUGUUUUGGACAGUUCAUCCUUCCGGAAGUUCUGAGCCUGAGGAGUGUGAGUGAACUGUUUGAAGUGUGUGUAUGAUCCGGAGCUGAGGCAGCCAUGAACUGCUUUCUCUGAAAUGCCAAGGCCUCCUUGGGCUCUCGGGACUUAGCCACAGGAGAGACUGAGGCCACAUGCUCUGGCCUCUGGCUCCUCACUGCCAGACCCCUCCCCAUUUCCCCUAAAUCUCCAAGGCAGGCCAAGGCUGCAGCACUAGCGGUACGGACACCCAUGGGGCCCUCCCCUGACAGCUGGAUGGCUUCACCUAUUCACCCCACACUCCGGUCAGCCCCCCCAGAGAAAGGUAGGGUUCCCAGGCCCUCCUAGAUCCAUCUAGGAACUCCACUCCAAGGCCAAUGACUUAGCAUUAGCCAAGCGUACAAUCAGUGUCAAAUGUCUCUUCUGUAGUUUGUAGAUACGACAUGUCUGUGGUCGGGGCCCCGUCGGGCUGGCAGAGUGCAAGGGCAGGACUCGGUUCCUCUGGAGGAUUUUCCUUCUGGGAGCCCGAGAAACCUGCCCGGCAGGGCGACGUGUCCAGAACACGCUGGCUGUGGUCAGCCUGGUGCGCCCAUGACUGGCCAGUGGGCUUUCUCUUUCUUGUGUCUUUCAGCACAUCCAAAAUUCGAGGCCUCCCGCCACCACAGUGUCAGGUGAAGGCCAAUUGUCAGGCCCUCAGAGGUGCCUCAGUUUCCCUAGUGUGAGUCCAUGGUCCAUUGAGAUGACAACUCUGUUUUCUCCGAGGUAAAAAGUCAGAGGAGGGGAGUCUCGAUUUCCACCAAAACGAAAAGAAAUCCCACCAAAAGAUCAAAAUGACUCCUGUGCAGAGCACAGCCCUGCUCCCAGCAGUGGCCUGGCGGGGGCACCUCUGUGUGCGCCUGGAACGCAUUUUACUUUUCCCUUCUCUUCACUUCAUUCUGAUUUUUUUUGCAUGUUUCUUUUUGGAAAUGGACAAAUGUGUAGCAGCCCGCAUGACUGUGGUUGUCCUGGGAAAGACCCGGAGAAUGAUGUGUGCACACCGAAACCCUGAGCAUUGCGCGCUUAGACAAACGUUCCGACUUCUUUUGUAAUCGUCAACAGCACAACUAUUUUGUAUUGUUGUUUGUAUCAUUUUGUACCGAAAAAAAAAAAAAAAGGAAAAAAAAGGGAAGAGAGUCGAUGUUUUCGAUGUGUUUUUAGUGUCAGGCGGUCUUGGUUCCAAACGGAAUAGCAGCUUUGCAGAAUUGUCGUGUACUGGAGCGGAGUCAGGCAUUCGCACACUGCUCCAAAGGAGUGAAUAAAGUCCCCUUUGAAGUA